AUCAAAUUUGAUGAGUUAUUUAGUCCUGAUUUUUAUUAUAUUAUAUGGUUCCAUGUUAUAGUUGCUUUUCAAAUAAGCAUCCAGCAAAGAAUACAUCUGCACUGCAUUAGGACUAUGUUGCAAUUCUCUCAUAUUUUUUGUAUUUUAGGGACAAAUUAUCCUGCAUUCUGGAUGGAUAAUUCCAGGUCAAGCACUAGUCAUGGCAUAGCCAACAACAGUGAGUCUGCUGGUUGGAAAUCUAUAAGGUUUCGUGUAAUGAUUGUAAGGGAAGUAACAUAUGCUGUUCUUGCGAGUUCUCCUCGUAAUGUGAUAUAUGGUAUAGCUGAUGUGAUGGCCUGGGUAGAAGGUUUUGAGAAAGAGGUGUAUACCUCUGCAAACAAUAAGGAUGAUUAUAAUUCAAACAUGGCAAGAUGGAUAACAUCAAUUGACACAUCGUCUGAGAUCUGUGGACUUAGACCUUCGCUGGCCUCAUCUUCAGCAGAUGAGACAUUUGCAAAUAUGGAUUGGCCGGAGACAAUCUGUCACAGGGUUCAAAGGCUAUAUAGGAUGUACUACGCCAUAUUUCCUAACUGGUGCAACCUAGCAGCUAUUUUACUUGGGCAGCGUUUCUCUGCUCCCCCAAAUUUGAUGACAGCUCAUAUAGUGAAAUGCAAUCUGUUGAUGAGUAUUUUGGAGAACAUUUCACUGCGCUUAUAUGCGACCAAUGGCCAGAUUGGCCCUGAUUUCAAGGAGAGACUGGAUGACAUGGAACAGCGAGUCAUUUCCAUUCUGCGACCAAGAAAUGUUUCUUCACAUCGUCAUCAUCAAGGACCAUAUUCUGCUUAUGAACUCUCUGUGCAGCAGGCUGUCCCUUCACAGUCUAGAGUCGCUCAAGAGAAUUUAACUGAACUGCCAUUAAUGAGCCCGCGGAGUCCUUGUUUGUCUGAGCAAGUUCCUCAUCAAGACAACGGGAAUCGCAAGCGAAAAUCAGUUGUCUCUGAACCAGAAAAUCCAAAGAAGCUAAUGCAGCAAAUGGCAAUGGGAUGCAGCAGUUCACUGAAGCAUGAAACUCCUGGAGAAUCUUCCGGAGUGAAUGAUCAUGGUGAUGAUCUUGAUUCUUCUGGUCUUGAUCUUUCGCUUAAGCUUUAAAAUAGUGUCUAAAGUUGUGAUAGUUUAUUGUCCCAAAAGGGGAAAAAACUGUUGUCAUGGUUAACUAUAUUUCCUUUUUAAUUUAUGUUUGUUUAAAAACUUUG